CUUCUUACUGCUUACUAUCUCGACCGCAAUGGCAUCGCAAGGCCAUCAUCAUCGCCCUACUCUUAAACAGUCCAAUAAGUCGUUCAAAUCCAAGCAUGCGUCCAAGGGUGCGAGGAAGGCUGCAGCGAAAGGGAAGCCUGCGAUCAUUUCUGCCCCAAACACAUCAGCGCGCAAGGCAGUUGACGCUGGCGCAAAGCGUAUCCGCCUGAAUCAACAAUCUCAAAAGCGCGAUGCCAAGCAACGCGCCGGGCGCGAGGAUGCCAAGUUCUUCACCAUGAGCUCUAAUGGCGGCAAGGUUCCACGCAUUGUAUCCAUUGUGCCACUUUCACCCACACUCUCUGGCGAGCGCUUGGUGCGUGGAUUACUGCCCGCCCUCGGCCUCUCGGAAGCAGAUAUCAUGGGGCUCGACUGGGAUGGCCGCUCGUCCUUUGUUACCGCCGCCCCGCGGUUCAAGUCAUCCAUCCACUUCAAUAUUUUGCCUCCACUUCAGCUGUUCCCAGCUUUGGACGCCGCCCUAACCAGCGACAUUGUCAUUAUCCUGCUCAGCAGUGCGGAUGAGGUUCAGCUUGAGGGCGAAGCCAUCUUAAGGUGUCUACAAGGACAGGCUGGUGCUGUGACCACUCUCGCCUGCGUCCAGGCCCCAGAAAUGUCUCCUCUCGCGGGCUCCGCCAAAUCACUGGUGCACAAGUCGCUUUUGUCCUUUUCGCGCUAUUUCUUCCCAUCCGUGAAUAAGAUCUUCUCUGCUGACACGGCGAACGAGGCUAUAUUGCUGGGGCGUGCGCUGUGCGAAACAUCGCCGGCCUUCAUCCACCAUCCUGAUGGCCGGGCAUGGCUGGUGGCUGAAGAGCAGCCAGUCUGGAGCGCCGUCGGGAGUACUGUCACCGGCGGUGAUCAACCAGUCGUCGAGCCCGGGUUGCUGCGAGUGACAGGCACUGUGCGUGGCGGACGAUUGAGCGCGAAUCGUCUUGUGCACUUGCCCGGAUACGGCGACUUCCAGAUCCAGGAGAUAUUGGCCGCGCUUCCGCGCUCGAAAGAGCUAUCCACCGACUCUCCACUUGUCUGUCUGUCUUCACCUGGGGCUGAUGCCGACGACUUGACUGCCAACAAUGUGCCUGACCUUCUUGCCAACGAGCAGACGUGGCCGACUGAAGAGGAUAUGAUGGGGGCGUCAGAAGCCGAGAUGGACGGGCUUGCGAAGCGCGUGAAGCGCGUCCCCAAGGGUACCAGCGCCUACCAGGCGGCGUGGAUCUUUGACGAUGAUGAUGAUGAAGGGGACGCAACCGAUGCCGAUGUCGAUGAGUCCGGCAGCGACAUGUCGAGUGCUGAACCGACGGAAUCAGGUAAAGUUAUUCACCUUGAAACCCCUAUGCGCACCGCUCACACCUCCCUAGGCGUGAACACUCCGCAUUACGACCAAGAGGAUGAGCUAGAGGACGUCGAGCUCGAUGAGCGCACUGAGGUUCACCAGGAGAUGACAGCUGAAGAGGAAGAGGCUGAAUACGAAACGUAUCUUCGCGAACGAGAGAGGGCGCAACGCGACGACAUCAACUUUCCAGAUGAGAUCGAUACGCCACGGCACAUUGCAGCCAGCGUACGCUUCCAGCGUUACCGUGGGCUCCGGAGCUUUCGCACCAGUCCAUGGGAUCCAUAUGAGAAUCUCCCUCUGGACUAUGGCGAAAUUUUCCAGUUCGAGAGCUUCGCAGCCACCCAGAAGCGAGUGGAACGUGAAGCCCGUGAGGAGGGAGUUGCGCUUGGCACGCGCGUUACUUUAGUCAUAAGCAACGUUCCGCGCCAGGUUGCGAUCGACAGAGCGGCGGGCCUUCCGUUUGUCAUCCACGGACUCCUUCGUCACGAACACAAACAGACGGUUCUUCAUUUUGCAGUUCAGAGGAACACCGAGUAUACGGAGCCUGUGCGAGCGAAGGAUCCCCUUGUCAUUUGCGUCGGACCGCGGCGCUACAACAUCAACCCACUGUUUUCUCAGCAUGUGCGAGGAGGUGGCAAGGGUGUCAACAAUGUCCACAAAUCGGAGCGCUAUCUGAAGCCUGGUGCGACGACGGUGGUCACGACGUAUGGCCCAGCGUGCUUUGGCAAACUCCCAUGUUUGCUGCUCAAGCAAGGCUCUCGAGCUGAGCUUCCUGACCUGGUCGCAAUGGGUUCGUUCCUCUCCUCUGAUCCAACAAGGAUCAUCGCCAAACGCAUUGUUCUUACAGGCCAUCCUUUCAAGGUUCACAAGAAAACUGCGACAAUCCGCUACAUGUUCUUCAACCGUGACGAUGUUCAGUAUUUCCAAUCCGUGGAGCUUCACACAAAGUAUGGUCGUACUGGACACAUCACCGAAGCCCUCGGGACUCAUGGAUACUUCAAGGCCCACUUUGACGGCCCUAUUCAACAGAUGGACACUGUCUGCAUGAGUCUUUAUAAGCGACAGUUCCCAAAGUGGUCGACAUUGUUCCACCCGCCGACUGGAUCAACAUCUCAGGCAGAUUUCGACACGCAAAUGGAGUUGGAAUGAACAGCACAUAGACACGUAUAUGUUUGUAUGUCCGCCACAUCAUCACAUUGCUAUUGCCCCGUGUCCCGUGCGCCCACCCCGAUGCCCAGACUAUGGGGCAUGGGCGGCUUACGAGUUGCGGCUACAGCUUCUAAUGUCGCGUUCGCUUGCUCGAGUGAGAUUGGAGUUCGUGUUGAUGCAGGUUGUGCCGCGAUGAAUAAGUGAUUAAGCAAGGCGGA